UCCCGGUAGAACGAGGGCGGGGGGCACGAGCCGUCCUUCUCAUUACAAAAUAAAAACAUUCGUCUAAUUAAAGAAAUAGACAUCUGGCUAUGAAGAAAUAUGUGUGUUGCGGAAAAGAGAUCAUCAUCAUCAUCAUCAUCAUCAUGGACACCCGCUUCACGAGGGGCAAGUCGGCCAUCCUGGAGCGCUCGCUGACCAGGCCCAAGACGGAGGUGAGCGUGAGCGCCUUCGCGCUGCUCUUCUCCGAGAUGGUCCAGUACUGCCAGAGCCGCGUCUACUCGGUGUCCGAGCUGCAGGCGCGGCUCGCGGACCUGGGCCAGGGCGUGGGGGCCAGUCUGCUGGACGUGCUGGUGCUGAGGGAGAAGAAUGGCAAGAGGGAGACCAAGGUGCUCAACAUACUGCUCUUCAUCAAGGUGUCGGUGUGGAAGGCGCUCUUCGGAAAGGAGGCUGACAAGCUGGAGCAAGCGAAUGAUGAUGACAAGACGUACUACAUCAUUGAGAAGGAGCCGCUGAUCAAUGCCUACAUCUCUGUGCCCAAGGAGAACAGCACGCUGAACUGCGCUGCUUUCACAGCCGGCAUCGUGGAGGCCAUCCUGACGCACAGCGGCUUCCCCGCCAAGGUGACUGCGCAUUGGCACAAGGGCACCACUCUCAUGAUCAAGUUCGACGAGGCUGUCAUCGCCCGCGACAAGGCCCUGGAUGGCAGAUAGAAGGACUUGGGAGCUGGGAACUUGGGAAUGGGAUGGGGUUGGUGAAUGGCGGAGGUUGGGUCAGAUAGCGGUUGGUAUGUUCAGUUGACUAGUCACAAGUCAGUGAACGUGGGCAGCCUGUCUGUACCCCCAUAGUGACUGAAUGACCCACAUGUGGACACUGCACAGCUGACCAGCAUAAGUGGUAAAAGCAGUACACAAACACAGCAACUGGGAUGUUUCAAACACUGUUAAUCUUAGAACAGUCAAUCUGAUUUCAUACACUAGGGCUGCUGCUGAUGUGAACCUGCAAAGGGUCUUAUGUAUGAAGGUGCAUGGUUGCAUCAGUCUUAUUUAAAAAAAAAAAAAAAAAAAAAAGGUCUCACUGGCAUCUUCACAGCUGUUGAAAAUGUCUCCUCUUGGUUGGAGCUCUGUAAAGCCUGUCAGAUUCUCUGUUGAGAUGGGUGGGUCAAGACUAAGAAUGCUGUAUUGUAAAUAUGCUUCUGUAAUGUUGUGUUGUCCAGAUUUGUGUAAAUUGUGGUGUUACUUGUAUGUGUUGUGUGGAGAAAAAAAAAAAUAAAGCUGACCAAAACCAUCUUUAA